AUGUUUCUUUUUUUACGAAAUAUUUCUCAACUAACAUUCUCUACCAAAGUAACAGAUGUUGUAUCCAUUGAGCGCAAUGUCAAUUAUGGUUUCAAAAGAGUUAGCCUUAAUGAAAAAAUUAUUUCACAAUGGAUGAUUAAACGUGUUGAAUUGGAUAUUCCAGAUGAUGUUCGAAGAAAAUUAGCUGAAGAUUCUAACGUUCCAGAAAAAUUGCGCUUAAUAAAGAAAGUUGAAAUAUUUUUUGCUGCUAAAUAUAAAGAUCCAAUAGUUGAUGAACAUGGAAGAGUGACUAGAGGAAGUAGUAUUGAAAAUAUACAUGUUCAAGAUUCAAUUCUCUUUUCUUAUUUACCAACAACAAUUCUCGAAUAUAAGUUUCCAGUAUUAAUUAAUACUAACUUUUUAACAAAUACUAAUCGAGAACAAAUUCAUAUAGGUAAAAUAUUAAUGAACUAA